AUGGCCUCACAUGGGUGUUUAUCCAUCGUCCUCUAUUGCUUGGUGUUUUUAGGUGUUGCUAACACGGCUCUGUCAUCACCUUCACUGUCUCCUGAUUUCUACGACCACUCCUGUCCUGAGGCUUUGGAAGCCAUCCAAAGAGUCGUUCGGGCCGCCGUCAACAACGAGCGUCGCAUGGGCGCUUCUUUACUUCGCUUGCACUUCCAUGAUUGUUUCGUCAAUGGAUGCGAUGGAUCGAUUCUUCUAGAUGAUUCGGAAACCAUAGACAGCGAGAAGAAUGCAAAUGCGAAUUUGAAUUCGGCAAGAGGGUUUGAAGUGAUCGAUGAGAUCAAGAUGGAGGUGGACAGAGUGUGUGGCGGCCCUGUUGUUUCUUGCGCUGACAUUUUGGCGGUGGCAGCUCGAGACUCCGUCGUGGCAUUAGGGGGCCCGUCAUGGAGAGUGAGUGUUGGCAGAAGAGACUCCAAAACGGCAAGCCGAAGCGCAGCAGACGCAGACAUCCCAGCACCAUUUUUCAGCCUCUCGCAGCUCAUCGACAACUUCAAGAAACAAGGCCUGAACGAGAAAGACCUUGUCGCUUUAUCCGGCGGCCACACCAUUGGUUUCGCACAGUGCCGCAACUUCAGAGACCGCAUCUACAACGACAACUCUAACAUCGACCCCUACUUUGCCCAAGACCUUCAAAGGGGCUGCCCUAGAGACGGAGGGGAUGCCAACCUGGCUCCACUGGACCCCACCGCUGCUCGCUUUGACGAGGCUUACUUCGCCAAUCUGCUUCACAAGAAAGGCCUUCUUCACUCUGAUCAGCAGCUCUUCACCGGCGGUUCCACCGAUGAAUUCGUUAAGAAGUACAGCUAUGAUACUGAAGCUUUCCACCAGGACUUCGCCGAUUCCAUGAUUAAGAUGGGAAAUAUAAAGCCCCUCACUGGUGAUCAAGGCGAAAUUCGGGGCAACUGCAGGAAGGUUAACUAUUAUUAAAACUCCAUAUGCGUGUGCAUGCCUUCAACAUUAAAAAUUAUUUCAAUAUUGUGUAUGACAGCCACGAGACUUUUCGUUAAGAAAUUAAAUAAAAUAUACAUAUACGAAUGUA